CCCCGCCCGCGCAGCACCUCCGGGGGUUUGGCCGCCCGGACUUAUCUCGGUUUCUUCCCGGCAUGCCCCGCUCGCAGGCGGCCGCCAGUCCCGCGCCCGGACUUUGCCAUCGCCGGGGGCCCGGCCGCGGGAGCGCCCCCUCCUGCGUCCCGGAGCCGCAGCCUCAGAAAGAACAAGAGAGGUGAUUAUCCAGCUCAGCUUGAGUGGAUGGCUUUCUGCUUCCCAACUAUAUAAACAUGGACAAAUUAUGUCACCUCUCUGGACCUCAGUCUUCUCAACUGUAGAAUGGGGAGACUGCUACCUACCUUAUAGGACCCUUAGAGAAGUUAACGCAUGCCAGAUGUCUUGAACAGAGUCGCCCUCAGUGAAUACAGUCCUGCCCUUCUUCUUCGCUUCAGCCCAUGCGGGGGAUUGACCGGGACUGAGGGACCCUCCUGGAAGCAUGGAGACUGUGGUGAUUGUGGCCAUAGGCGUGCUGGCCACCAUCUUUCUGGCCUCAUUUGCAGCCUUGGUAGUGGUUUGCAGGCAGCGCUACUGCCGGCCCCGGGACCUCCUGCAGCGCUAUGAUUCCAAGCCCAUCGUGGACCUCAUCAGCGCCAUGGAGACCCAGUCUGAGCCCUCUGAGCUCGAGCUGGGUGACGUUGUCAUCACCAACCCCCACAUCGAGGCCAUUCUGGAGAAUGAAGACUGGAUUGAAGAUGCCUCGGGUCUCAUGUCCCACUGCAUUGCCAUCUUGAAGAUUUGUCACACUCUGACGGAAAAACUAGUUGCCAUGACAAUGGGGUCCGGGGCCAAGAUGAAGAAUUCAGCCAGUGUCAGUGACAUCAUCGUGGUGGCCAAGCGGAUCAGCCCCAGAGUGGACGAUGUGGUGAAAUCGAUGUACCCUCCGUUGGACCCGAAGCUUCUGGAUGCCCGGACAACUGCCCUGCUCCUGUCGGUCAGUCAUCUCGUGCUGGUGACCAGGAAUGCCUGCCACCUGACUGGGGGCCUGGAUUGGAUCGACCAGUCACUGUCAGCCGCCGAGGAGCACCUGGAAGUCCUUCGAGAAGCAGCCUUGGCUUCCGAGCCAGAUAAAGGCCUCCCGGGCCCCGAAGGCUUCCUGCAGGAGCAGUCAGCUAUUUAGUGCCUACCGGCCAGGAGCUGAUCCCAAAGGGCAGCCCACUGCCGGCUGGGUGGCUCAGCCAAGCCUUCCAUUUUCUCCCAUAGAGUUAGUUGUUCACCACUGGCAGGGGGAGUCCAGCUGUGUGCCUAGUAAAGCAGGAGGGCCCUUCUGUGGAUGCCUCCCAUGUAGUUCCAGAUGGUGGCUGGUGACGGGCAGUCUAAACCCACAGUUAGGGGAGGUGACAGCCACUGUCUAUACAGCAGAGCUUCGGAACCUGGAGGACCGGCAGCUUUGUUUAGCUCACCUCGUGCUUUCAAGAAAAUCGAGCCACUGCUAAGAAUCAGGAGAUUUCACAUCAGAAUCAGAAGGUCUGGCUUCUCUUGAACAAUCAGAAGGUGAGGCAACUCUGAUCCGUGUUUUCCAAAGAGGACAAUCAGUUGGAACUAAGUAGGAGCUGCCUCUCUUGACAAUGCUUAUACUCUCUCACCUGGCCUAUUCCAUUUGUUUGUAUUAUUUGCCUGGUGUCUGAGGCAUCUGAGUCCCUCUUUCCUUUACAAGUUUGUGUUUGAAGGUGAGCAAUGUAGAGUUGAUCAUUCCUUUUUUUAAAAAAAAUCAUUAUGCCUGCAAUUUUACCUAGCCACCACUAGGUGGAGAGUAAACGUGUACUUAGCUU